AUGCAGCUGCAUAGGAAUGUCAAUGGUCAAUCGUUCUACCAAGUACCAACCCAGAUCGAAAGCGACUUACACUUCAAACCAACCACAGCACAUCUUACUACAUCCACUAUCAUGGUGCAGUACGACCCGUUUGCUCCUCUUUUUGUCAACACUGAUCUCCCAUUGCGGGAGAAACAUACCGACAGCACAAGUGGAAAUACUACACCCAGUCUGCUUGACAGCCCAACCAGCAUGAACAGCAGCCUUGACAUCACCAAGCGAGCCGCGCCUCGUUCUCAUGUCGAGGGUCCAGCGGUGCAUCCUCAGCUCAGAAGGUUGUCCUCUAGUCAUGGGUCUUUUCACCAAUAUUGCUCCAAAUGUCACAUGCGUCGCUCUUCCCAAGACCGUGUUGUAAAGGACAAGCACGAUCAUAGCCCAGAACCUGAAUUAUGGGACGGAUUCUGCCCUGAUAUUGCAAUGCCGACACAAGAUGUACCUCGUCCGUCGGUGCAUCACACCCGGAGGCACUCGGGUCUGUGUCCCGAGAGCAUAGCUCACCUCGACCGAAGUGAGAGCCAGGGUUCACCAGCUAAGGUUCAUGUCAAACCACAGCCAUGCCGGCAUACCAGUCACGACUAUCAUCAUGAAUGCCAUUGCGAGGGCAUAACACCUGUCGACAACCUGACCGAGAGAUAUGGCCUAGUCGACGAGCCAUUUGAGAUGGAGAUUGAACGGAGGAGGAGCAUCGAGAAGCAAGCCAUGGAUAAAGUUGCUGAUAUCAUGCAUGAAGAACUGAUUGCUGAUAUGGAGGCUCGGCAAGGGAGACUAUGA